AUGGAUUAUGAUAUAAAAUUUACUUGGGAUAAAAAUCAAUUUUUGGAUCAAGAAAUUAGAAUUCCAAAGUAUACUCUUCCUUGGGAUUUUAAAAGUAGUCCAUUUGAUAAAGAUUUUGAAAAUCAAGAAAUGGAAUAUGUUAAACAAUUUUUUCAAAACUAUGAAAAUGCUGUGAAUUAUGUAAAAAAGAAUGAAAUUGGUAAAAUUGCUGCUUUGAAUUUUCCAUUGGGUGAAAAGGAUGAAUAUAUGGUAAAUUCAAAAUUGUUGGAUUUUCUUUUCAUUUUAGAUGAUUACAUAUAUGAAUCACGUAAUUAUGAAGAGGAUUAUGUGGAUAAUUUAAUGGAUAGAUCAAGUAAGAGUCAUGAUCCAUUUGGUCGUGAAAUUUGGAGAUUAUUUGAUGAAUACUAUAGAGUUGGUGUUAAAGAAUCUGUUGAUUUAUUAAUUAGAGAUUUUGAAUAUUGGAGUAGAAGUGCCAUUAAAACCAAUAAAUAUAAAUCAUUAAAUUCAUCACUUUCCAUUGAAGAUUAUUUCAAUUCAAGACAUGGUGAUUUCGGUAUGACAAUUACUGCUUCCUCUUGUACUUCAACUUUAUAUGUUGAGAAUGAAAUUAGAGAAUCAAAAAAUUUCAAAAAAUUCUUUAAAUAUUUUGAACUUUGUAAUUUAAUGAUCAAUGAUUGUGGUUCAUUCAAAAUGGAAAUCAAUGAAAUUUUAUUAACAAACUUUGUUAAAGUUAGAGCAAUUCAACUUGGUUCAAUUGACUUAGCUUUAAAAUAUUGUGUUGGUCUAUUAAAUAAAUAUAUUAUUAAAGUAGACAAAUAUUCAACUAAACUUGAACAACAAUAUCCAAAUCAUUCACAUUUAAAAAAGUAUAUUUAUACUUUAAAAACUUUUACUGCUGGUCAUAAUAAAGGUUAUGGUCAUGCAAAUCGUUAUAAUUAG